UUUAGUCGCGAGUCAUUUCGUUCACCGACACGGCGACACCGCCAAAGUGAACUGUGUCCUCUUCUUCCCCUCCGCUUUUGAACUGAACUGUGUCCUCGGCUGAACACACAUCGGCUGCUGCCGCUCCUCCUUGCUCCCCCGUCACUAGAUCGCUGGAAGCGGCGAAGACGCCCCUUGCCUCCUUGGGACCUCGGCUCCUAGCGACCCCGCUCCACCCUCAACUCGACUGCCCAACCUAGUCAUCUGUCUUCGCCUUAUCCUUUGGACAAUUGGUCUCCCAGCUGAUGAAUUGACGAAAGCGGCACGUAUUGAGGUUGAGAAGUCAAAGGGAAGAUAAAAGCUCUGAAACAGGAAAACGGAGGUAGGAUGAGGAGUAAAGGGGAGAAAGAGGAAUCAGCAAGGGAUUCCAUAAGUAUACUGGCAGUGGUUUCAAUUUUUACUGUGUUUGUAGUUGGAGUAGUCAUUGGGUUAGCUUCGAGCACACACAUCGAUAAAUACAUGAACUUUCAAACUCAACAGCCCCACACAAACACUGCCUUCCUUGAUUCAGGAAAUAAUUUUUUUUGUGAGGAUUGUUUGAGCAUGGAGAGUUUUAUCCAUCCUAGCACUUUGAAUCAUGGAAUGAAAGAUGAUGAGUUGUUCUGGAGGGCAUCAUUGGUGCCCACAAAGAAUGAGUACCCCUUUCAGCGGGUGCCCAAGGUGGCUUUCAUGUUCUUGACCAGAGGGGCAUUGCCUAUGAUGCCUUUGUGGGAGAGGUUUUUUGAUCGCCAGGACAAGAACAAGUAUGGAAUUUAUGUGCAUGCCCCUCCAGGGUAUGAGUUCAAUGUGGCCAAUAACUCUGUUUUCUACAACCGCCAAAUCAAGAGUCAGAAAGUUGAGUGGGGAUCAGUAUCACUGGUUGAUGCGGAGAAGCGGCUUCUGGCCAACGCUCUUCUUGACUUUUCAAACGAACGGUUCCUUCUUUUGUCCGAAAGCUGUAUCCCACUUCACAGUUUUCCCACUGUCUACAAAUACCUCACUGAAUCACACCAUAGCUUUGUUGAAUCAUAUGAUGACCCGUCACGUUACGGUCGUGGCCGCUACAACCGUAGGAUGAAUCCCAAUAUCAAGCUCCCAGAUUGGAGAAAAGGGUCUCAAUGGUUCGAGAUGGGCCGUAUUUUGGCUAUCAAGAUAGUUUCGGAAACAAAAUACUACAACCUGUUUAAGAGUUACUGUCAUCCUUCUUGCUACCCCGAUGAGCAUUACAUUCCAACUUAUCUUCACAUGUUCUACGGACCCAUGAAUGCUAACCGUUCCGUGACUUACGUUGAUUGGUCGCUGGGUGGUCCGCACCCGGCAACAUAUGCUGCUGUCAACAUUACUGAAGGCUUCCUGGAGGGUAUAAGGUACAAUGGCACUUCUUCAUGUUCCUACAACUCCGGGAAAACGCAACUGUGUUACUUGUUUGCUAGAAAGUUUGCACCAAGUGCUAUUGAGCCUUUACUAAACAUAUCUUCCAAAGUGAUGGGGUUUUAAAAGUUUUGACUGAUAUUUUUUCCCUGUUCCUUUGUAAUUUGCUUGACCAUCCUUACAGAGGGGUUUGGCAUUUGAUGUGAUUUAGGCUACUUAGUUUCAUUGUUCUUUAUAGGGCAGUGUAUAGUUUAGGAGUUGGUCCAAUAAAUUAGUACCGAAGCAUUCAUGUAUGUACACUAGGUCAACCCUUAACUGCAAAAAGCUUCUCAAAAGAGAGGCAUAUGAGAUACUGCAAUUUUCACCCACCUAAAGAAGAAGCAAUGGAGCCAAAGAUUCAAUAUUUUUUGGCUUGAGAAUAUGAUGGAAUAAAGCAAAAUGGCUCACCAAACUGUCUGCUCUUCUUUGUUAUAAAGCAGCAGUCAGUCCAUGCAAUUUUGGAUGCAAUUUUCGGUCAUCCGGAAACAGUCUCUCUGUGCUUUGCGGCACUGGGGCAAAUGAUGAUUGAUAUAUAUAAUAAUAUAAAGAAAGACGCAAUGCCCCAUUUUCAUUUUAUUACUUGUUGGUUGUUCUGCAUCCAUAUCCAGCAUGUUGGCAAUGAUGGAAU